AUGCGGCCUCUAUGGGGAGCGAUUCGGGUCGCGCUCGGCCAGGCAGCGCAGUGGCAGGAGGGCGCCCACGGCCCGCCACUGACCGCGCUGCGUGACCUCCAGGGCGUCGACUUCGGCCCGCACGGCGAGGAGUACAUCGAGUGGGACACACGGAUGAUCGUGUGCCUCGCGCUCUCCUUCGUAUCAGCCGCGCUCGCGAACGCCGGCGGCAUCGGCGGCGGCGCCGUCUUCGUCGCGCUGUUCAACCUCGUCCUCGGCCUCCCGCUCCGCAACGCCACCGCGCUCAGCCAGUCCAUGAUCGCCGGCGGAGCCAUCGCCUCGAUCUGCGUCAACGCGUUCCGCGUCCACCCGGUCAUCCCCAACAUGCCGCUCAUCGACCUCGAGCUCUGCCUCAUCAUGCUCCCCGUCCUCAUGUCCUCGCUCACCGUCGGCGUCCUGUUCAACAUGGUGGCGCCCUCAUGGAUCAUUUUUGUGGUGCUAGUCGCGGCGCUGCUGCUCCUGUGCUACAAGACGGUCGUCAAGGGCCGCCAGCUGUGGAUGAAGGAGUCCGCCGACGCAGAGGCCCGCCGCCGCGAACGCUCCUCGCCGCGGCACUCCCCCAUCGCCGCCGCGGCGCUCGCGCGCGGCGCGCGCGACGCAGAGGGCGACGACAAGGUCCGGCAGCCGCCGCUGAAGCGCCGGGGGAGCGUGCGCGCGCGGCCCGUCGCGGUGCCCGCCGCGCCGAGCAACACGGGCACGAGUCCGACGCCGAUGGCUCAGAGUGCGCCGUCGAACUGUCAGGGGCUCGCAGGGCCGGGGUCGCAGAGCGCGGGCGAUGGCGCGGAGCGGACGAGCGGGGGCGCGCAGGGGCAGGAGCUUCUCGGGGGGGGCGCGGAGGGACAGCCAACGCGCGGGUCGGCGACGUCGAUCGGGUCGUUCGAGGUCGAGGCGGAGCAGGGCCGCCGGAGUCAGGCGCAAGCGGGGGCGUCGACGUCGACGUCGGCGGCCGGGCUGCUUCGGGGCGCGCCGAGCAAGUGGGCGCAGCUGUCCCUCGUCGCGCAGGUCGUCGGCCUCCUCGCCACCUUCCUCGCGCUGCAGUUCGUGCGCUCCUUCGAGACCAAGCGGUGCAGUGGCGCCUACUGGGGCGUGAUGGCAACACAACUCUCUCUGGGCGUGUUCGCGACGCCCCUCGUGCUUUUGUCCGCAAGAUCGCGCGCGCAGCGCGCCGCAGCGGCCGCGAGCGGGCGCUCGGGCGCCGCGCAGGCCACGCCGCUCCUCGGCGGCGCGGCAGCGGGCCACCUGCCGCCUGCCGCGCAGGUCGGGCCGUCGGGGAUCGACUACCACUCCCCCGCGGUCCGGAAGCUGCUCGCGAUGACGUGCGUCGCGGGCGUCGUCGCCGGGCUCGUCGGGAUCGGCGGCGGCAUGGUCCUGGGCCCCGUGCUACUGGAGAUGGGUACGCUGCCGUCUGUGGUGUCGGCGUCGACGGCGGUGGUGGUGCUGUCGAGUUCGUCGGCGGCGACGACGCAGUUUGCACUGAACGGGCUGCUCCCCGUGCAGCUCGCGUUGGUGUUCGGCGGGACGUGUCUGGUGGCGAGCCUGGUGGGCGUGACGGGCGUAGCGUACGUCGUGCGGCGGACGGGGCGGCAGUCGGUGGUGGUGCUGGCGCUGGCGAUCAUGAUGGUGUCGUGCACGCUCGUGCUGGUCAGCGCGGGGAGUCUGAACGUCGCGGAAGACAUCAGGGAGGGCCACAUAGGUUUGGCAGACUUGUGCCAUCCGGUGGCCUGA